AAUCCAAAACCCCCUCAAAAAGUGCAAUGUCUUGCGCCACUGAAUAGGCUCUGCGAAGAUGAGUGUGGUUGAAAGUGGUUGUUUGGAUGGGAUAACAAAUGGGUGUGACAAUUUCCCGGACUUGCUGAACAUAUUGGAUUUCCCUGAGGAGGAGAGUUUGGAAGGAGACGAGUUGCUUGGGGAUUGGGAUGCUGAUUUGUUGCAGUCCCUCGGACCAAUCCCUUCGGAUGCUUUGAUGCUGUCUCCUCCAUUGCCUAAGCCCAAUGUUGACAAUCGCUCUUUGAGGACAGCAUUCAAGUCCAAGGCUUUUAACCAUAAGGAGGAAACCUCAGGUGCUACACUUCUCUAUCCAAGUACAUAUUUUGAAGGCCGGAAGUCCCGUUUGUUCCAGACGCAAAGCCCGAUAUCCGUCCUAGAGAGCACCAUUCCGAUCAAACCCGACUUGCUCAUCCCGGUACGCACCCGAUCCAGACGUGCUCGGCCCACUCUCAAUCCGUGGACUCUCAUCCCUCCGCCCGUCCCUCCCGCUUCCCGCCCAAGGAAAAAGAGGCGAGCGAGGAAGAUGAUGUCAUCACCAUCAUCACUCAACCAGGGCGCGAAUUCAUCGGAUCAGCAACCAUCCGGGGUCAGGAGAUGCGCGCACUGCCAAGUCACCAAGACGCCGCAGUGGCGGGAGGGGCCAGCGGGGCCCACGACGCUGUGCAACGCGUGCGGGGUCCGGUACCGCUCGGGGCGGCUUUUCCCAGAGUACCGGCCCGUGGCUAGCCCGACGUUCGUUCCGGAACUGCACUCCAACUCACACAGGAAGGUUGUUGAGAUGAGGAGGAGAGCUGGUGUGGAGGGGACAACAGCAGAUGGUCAAGAAUUGAAGAUGGUGUGAGAGAGUGUAGUUAGGGGUAGAAAGGGGAUAAUGAUAUUUUAUCAAACCAUGUGUUUGUUUGUGUCCUAUUGUUUGAGGUUAAGUUUCUUUAGAAGGGAGAUGUUUGUGUGCUGAUGAUGAUCACUCCAACCAGUUUUGUACAAAUUUGUUGUGGACUAAAAGAGUUUGGAUGUU